AAGGACCUGCUGCUUCCCCCACGCCAGAGGGAUGCGGGCAGCAGAGCGGUAGAGGAGGCUGCUGGGCUGCGGAGCGCAGUGACUGACUCUCCUUUUGCUCCUUCUAGCUCUUGCUCUCCUCUUCUCCAGUCUUGCUGUCUCCCUCCUCCUUCCCCUUUUCCUAUAUCCCGCCUCCCUUCUCCCCUCCUCUCCUUCCCGGAGAGGCUUGCCCUAUGGCAGUGGCUGACUGCAUCUUUGCUGCACCUCCCCGGACGACCCUCUCGCGCCUUGGGCAGAGCUGGGUCACUGGAUGUUGCUGAAACUCUCAGGAUCAUGCAAGGACUUGGCUGCUUUCACGCCGGGUGCUGCUGCUGCCGCUACCGCUACUCCAGCCUCUGCUGUUGCCGGGGGCCCCGGGAUGCUCAGUAGCUCUGUCCCCGGUCCCAGCGAUCCUUUGGUUUUGAGAAGAGCCUUUUUGCAGCUGCAGAGUUGAGUGAACUAGUCAUGGUGCUUUGGGAAUCCCCGCGGCAGUGUAGCAGCUGGACACUUUGCGAUGGCUUUUGCUGGCUGCUGCUGCUACCGGUGAUGUUACUCAUCAUUGCCCGGCCCGUGAAACUUGCAGCUUUCCCUACCUCCUUAAGUGACUGUCAAACGCCUACCGGCUGGAACUGUUCUGGUUAUGAUGACAGAGAAAAUGAUCUCUUUCUUUGUGACACCAAUACCUGUAAAUUUGAUGGGGAAUGUUUAAGAAUUGGAGACAGUGUGACUUGUGUCUGUCAGUUCAAGUGUAAUAGUGACUACGUGCCUGUGUGUGGUUCCAAUGGGGAUACCUAUCAGAAUGAGUGCUACUUGAGACAGGCGGCUUGCAAACAGCAGAGUGAAAUACUUGUGGUGUCAGAAGGGUCAUGUGCCACAGAUGCGGGAUCAGGAUCUGGAGAUGGAGUCAAUGAAGGAUCCGGAGAAACCAGCCAAAAGGAGACAUCCACCUGUGACAUUUGUCAGUUUGGUGCCGAAUGUGAUGAAGAUGCAGAAGAUGUCUGGUGUGUGUGUAACAUUGACUGUUCUCAAACCAACUUCAAUCCCCUUUGUGCUUCUGAUGGGAAAUCUUAUGAUAACGCAUGUCAAAUCAAAGAAGCAUCAUGCCAGAAACAAGAGAAAAUUGAAGUCAUGUCUUUGGGUCGAUGUCAAGAUAAUACCACCACAACUACUAAAUCUGAAGAUGGGCAUUAUGCAAGAACAGAUUAUGCAGAGAAUGCAAACAAAUUAGAAGAAAGUGCCAGAGGACUCUACAUUCCUUGUCCUGAACAUUACAAUGGCUUCUGCCUACAUGGGAAGUGUGAACAUUCAAUUAAUAUGCUAGAGCCAUCUUGCAGGUGUGAUGCGGGCUAUACUGGACAACACUGUGAAAAAAAGGACUACAGUGUUUUAUACGUUGUUCCUGGUCCUGUACGAUUUCAAUAUGUCUUAAUAGCAGCUGUGAUUGGAACCAUCCAGAUUGCCAUCAUUUGUGUUGUAGUCCUCUGCAUUACAAGGAAAUGUCCCAGAAGCAACAGGAUCCAUAGACAGAAGCAAAACACGGGGCACUACAGUUCAGACAACACCACAAGAGCGUCCACAAGGUUAAUUUAAAGAGCGCAUGUUUCCGCAAUGGCCAGACUACAGAGAGCUCGGACUACACAAUUCAGUAUUAUAGACAAAAGAUGAAGACAAGAGAUCUACACAUGUUGCCUUGCAUUUGUGGUAAUCGACACCAAUGAAAACAUGUAUUACAGCUAUAUUUGAUUAUGUAUGGAUAUAUUUGAAAUAGUAUACAUUGUCUUGAUGUUUUUUCUGUAAUGUAAAUAAACUAUUUAUAUCACACAA